CGCGGCAAAGAGGCGGGGCGCGGGAAAAGAGGCGGGGCGGGGGCAGAGAGGUGACGGAGGCGGGAGGUACCCGCCCCUGUGGACCACGGCCUUGGCAGAGAGUUACCGCCCCUGGGGAGGUUGGCGGUGGCUGAGGCAAGGGCAGGCGACCCGCCGUAAAAGAGGCACAGAAGACGUACUCUUGGAAGACAAAGGUGUCUAUGAAACUAUGGAUGGUACAAGAACUUCACUUGAUGUUGAAGAGUACCCCAAUACUGAGGUACAGAAAAACCAAGUACUAACUCUGGAAGAAUGGCAAGACAAGUGGGUGAACCACAACACUGCUUUUCAUCAGGAACAAGGACAUCAGCUACUAAAGAAGCAUUUAGAUACUUUUCUUAAAGGCAAGAGUGGACUGAGAGUAUUUUUUCCUCUCUGCGGAAAAGCAGUUGAGAUGAAAUGGUUUGCAGACCGGGGACACAGUGUAAUUGGUGUGGAAAUCAGUGAACUGGCGAUACGAGAAUUUUUUACAGAGCAGAAUCUUUCUUACUCAGAAGAACCAAUCACCGAAAUUCCUGGAGCCAAAGUAUUUAAGAGUUCUUCGGGGAACAUUUCAUUGUACUGUUGCAGCAUUUUUGAUCUUCCCAGGACAAAUAUUGGCAAAUUUGACAGGAUAUGGGACAGAGGAGCAUUAGUUGCCAUUAAUCCAGGUGAUCGCAAAUGCUAUGCAGAGAUAAUGUCAUUCCUCCUGGGAAAGAAGUUUCAGUAUCUCAUGUGUGUUCUUUCUUAUGAUCCAACUAAACAUCCAGGUCCACCAUUUUAUGUUCCACAAGCUGAAAUUGAAAGGUUGUUUGGUAAAAUAUGCAAUAUACAUUGUCUUGAGAAGGUUGAUGCUUUUGAAGAACGACAUAGAAGCUGGGGAAUUGACUAUCUUUUUGAAAAGUUAUAUCUACUUACAGAAAAGUAAAUGAGACAUAAAUAGAAUGAAAUCACAUGGAUGUGUUUUUGAGGAACUGAAAAUUAUGCUAAGGCCUGAAAAUGUGAUGGAUACAUUUUUUAAUUGUUUAUAAAUCAUAUGAUAGAUUUUUACUAAAAAUGGCAUACAACUUUUCAGGAGAAAAAGAUGUAAAUUAAAGUAGCUCAUUUGGUGAGUAGAUUAUGGUAUGAAAGAUUAUAGCUGUGUGUCCUAAAGACUGCAAGAUUUUUUACCAAUCAGCAUGUGUUACCUGUAUAAUUAAAAAAAUUUUAAUGCAAUGCAUGUUAAAUAUAAUACACAUAGAAAAACUGACAUUCUUUAUGAAAUUUAGAAUUGUUGAAGAAAGAUAACACUUCCAUAGGGUUCAAGGUGGUCCCAAGAGUUAUAUAAAAGAUUAGCUUUUACUAUAAACCCUUGUCUUUUACUCAAAUCCUAGCAUCCCUUUUCACAUGGUUUCUCCAUAUAUAACAGAAUCAAGAAACAAAUUUUAAUAAACAACCUGUACCACAAAUAAUCAAGAAACAAAUAAAUUUUAAUUAAACAAUCUAUAUGGAGCAAAACAUUCUCAAAUUCUAAGAAUACAUUUUUCUUUAAGUUUUUUCUGAGUUUGGCAGUUGUUGUUUCUUAUAAUUUAACCUGUUUAAAUGAUCAGGUCUUAUAAAGUAUAAUGUACUUAGAGCUGGAUUCAUGCCUGUUUAUUAUGAAAGUUUAGAUUCAGAAUUUCCCAGUUUUUCAUUAACAAUCACAUUUUGUUAAAUCAGACAGCCCUCUAUAACUCUGUAUUACCCAACAGCUAAAUGGUUUAGAUUAUUUAGUUCAUGUUAAUAGGAUGGUUGUGUAUUAUAAAAAAUGAGUUACAUGUGUGUGUGUGUGUGUGUGUGCACACGCACGCAUGCACAUGUGCUGGCUUAAAGCUUGUUAAUGGGGAGGUUUGGGUACCCCUUCAACAUGGGUGAAAGCCGUGGUGCUCUCCCUAGAGAUCUGUCUUGUCAACCUCUCUUGUUCCUCUUGGCCUCUACCCUAGAAGCUCUCUGCCAUUGAUGUAGCCUAAUAGAUUUUUAAGGCUAUUAAUUUGAAGCAACUCCUUGCUCACAAUGAUUCUUGCUUCUCGGACCUGCACCCAGUCUGUAGUAUGGGCUUCCAGAAGCCAUGACUCCCCAACUCUGCCUGUGUCACCAGUUGAAUGGACAACUGACCCGAGUUGGACCAACACAGUUGUCUCCAGAGACUUUUGAUUUUUGUUUUUUUAUAUAGACAGGGUCUCGCUUUGUUGCCCAGGCUGAUGUCGAACUCCUGGCCUCAAGCAGUCCUCCUGCCUUGGCCACCCAAGUGCUGGGAUUACAGGGGUGAGCCAUUGCACUGGCCCUCUUCAUAGACUUUUGGACUUGGGACUAGAAAGGCAAGUUGACUGCUGACUGGGGGAUCUGUAAUGUGUACGCCUGGAAGUUGUGGGGCAGCCACAUUCCAUCACGUGGAUCUGAGAAACAGAAUGCUGAUCUGCAGAAAGAGAUGAGAACCAGAGAGGCCACCUGUGUUCCAGGUCCAUUUUCAUCUUUCCUCAAGCCCAGCCACACAGGGUGGGGAGGAACACCCUGUGUCCAUGGGAUAGAGUCUUCUCUUAUACUUAUGCCCAGAGAAUCUUAAAUAAUCAAAUGAGAUAUCCUUAUGUAGUUGAUCUUUUAUGUAAUAUGUGUCUUCAUUGGGGAAUACUGAGUUCUUAAACUCUCAAGAUGGAAGAUAUACCACAUAUAAAUUAUUUUAGAGCAAUUGAUCUUCAGGAUUUUCCAAAAA